UCGAAAUCAGUUGAAAACCGUAGCUCGCCGGCAGCGUUCGUCGCGAAUUGAGAGAUCUUAGAUCAAGUGUCCGGAAAAUGUUUCGCAAAUGCCUUGCCAGCCUGGCUCUGGCCCCUGUUCCCAGUCCAAUUUCCAUUCCCAGGAUAACCCCGGUCAUCAGUCAGCUUAUUCAACGUCGCUCGGUCCACCAGGUGCCGCGACAGGGUCGCCCACCCAAAAUUCUCAUCACAGGUGGUCUGGGACAGUUAGGAAUUGAGUGCGCCAAGCUCCUGCGUACCCAAUAUGGUAGUCAGAAUGUAAUACUCUCGGACAUCAUAAAGCCCAGUCAAUCGAUUCUAGAGAAUGGUCCUUACAUCUUUGCCGAUAUCCUGGACUUCAAGGGUCUGCAGAAGAUCGUUGUGGACCAUCGCAUCGACUGGCUGAUUCACUUUUCUGCCCUACUUAGUGCUGUGGGAGAACAGAAUGUACCAUUGGCUGUGAGGGUCAACAUAGAGGGUGUUCACAACGUCAUCGAGCUGGCAAAACAGUAUAAGCUCCGAAUCUUUGUACCUAGCACCAUUGGAGCUUUUGGCCCAGAUAGUCCCCGCAACCCCACGCCCAAUGUUACGAUUCAACGUCCUCGCACCAUUUACGGUGUUUCCAAGGUGCAUGCCGAGCUAAUUGGCGAAUAUUAUUACCAUAAGUUUGGCCUGGACUUCAGAUGUCUGCGCUUCCCCGGAGUUAUAUCCAGUGAUCCGCCAGGCGGUGGCACCACAGACUAUGCUGUGGCUGUAUUCCAUGAAGCCCUUAGAAAUAGAAAAUACACAUGCUACCUGCGUCCUGAUACAAGACUGCCUAUGAUGUACAUCGAAGAUUGCUUGCGCGCCCUCUUGGAGUUCAUGCGAGCACCUAAUGAGCAGCUGAAGCGCCGCGUCUACAACGUAACUGCCAUGUCCUUCACUCCCGAAGAACUCUUUUCUGAGCUGGGCAAACAUAUACCCAAUCUGCAUGUUAGCUACCAGCCGGAUAGCCGCCAAUUGAUCGCAGACGCAUGGCCCGAGGUGUUCGAUGAUUCUGAAGCCCGAAAAGAUUGGCAUUGGGAGCAUAAAUACGAUCUGGCCAACUUGGUUGACUUUAUGAUCAAGGACGUCCAUGAAAACUAUAUCAAUGUUCAACAGGAACAGCAGACUCUGCAGAUCUAAUGAAUUUGGGGAGUGCAACAACCGCAUCUAGUAUUCUUAAGUCAAGAAAUGCAAUCGCAUUUAACACUGCAUUUAUCUAGUGAAUACCAACACAAAACUCUGUACUAUUGUUACCUUUGAAAAUACAGUAAGGCAUUUAUUGGAAUGGAAA